AUGAAUAAGAUCAACGAAACCAGCACUACUGUAUUCAAUGAUCAUUCCUCUACCAUAACUUCCAGUCUCAUUGUGACUAGUGGAUCGAGUAAACCAACAGCAACGUCCUCGAUGAACAUCACCAAUUCUGCUUCUAGUGUAGCGUCAACUUCGACUUCGACCUCGACCUCGACCUCGACCUCGACCUCGACUUCAGCUUCAACAUCCGAAACAUCGUCUUGGCCCUUAUCACUUGAUCCAUUCUCCCAUAACGAUCGAAAUCCCUUAAAUAGCACUUCGCUCCAAUCACUAGCCAAAUCCCUACCUACAUACUUGGCAGUCGGAGGAGCGAUCCUAGGUGUGUUACUCUUGGUCGCGAUAGGAAGUUGGUAUUAUCGCCUGAGGAAAAGAAGGAGAAGGUUUGCAGAUGAUGAUGACGAUGAUUACGAACAAGGAAAGGCUUGGAGGAUUAUGCAAAGUAGGUUGGAAGUUGAUACACGCUCGAGAACGAAUUUGGAGAAAGGAAAUAUGGGAAUGGUGGUUACUACAGGCAAUGCUUCUAGCAGUAAGUGGAAGAGCUAUGUGCUUUAUUAUGGGUAUGGAAGAAAGUAUUCACUAGCUGAUUCGAGGUUAUGUCUCGCUUUAGCUUUGAUGACUCCUUCGAGAAUACAACCACGCAACACCUCUGAUUUGUCAGUCAUUCAUCAAGUGCAAGAUAGAGAGAAACCUGCUCCGUCCACCAUGACGGUGGGAAGCUUGGAAGUUUCGGAAGUGGAAACUCCCUCCAGUAGUCCGAUGUCUUCCCCUCAAUCAAGUAGGAGAGGCUCACAAGAGAGAUUGGUCAGGAGGGAGACUGAUUAA